UUUUGAGUUGCAUCGUCGGUAGCAUGUCGAGUGCUGACGUCCACGCGACCUUCUGGGACGGCGUCCAAGGCGCGAUCAAGACGUCGCCAAUAGACGCACUCGAGAUCCUGAAACGCUACAUGGAGCUGGUCCUGGCGCGCCACGACUUUGCUGACGGCAGCCGCUACGUUGACGCGGCGUUGGAUCUACUGCGCACCGUUCUUGGCCCGGACGACACCAAUGUACAGGCCAUGUACGAAGAGCACAUUUUGUGCUGCAACGCGGUCGCCAUGCAGUGUCUGAGCCAAGAGCAAUCGGACGAGGCACUCGCGCUUCUCACGAUCGCCGACCAGCACACAGCGCCGGACGGGCCCUUGUACUCGAACGCCGCGACGCGCAAGCGGCUCCGCGCCAUCACGCUCAACAACUUUGCCUGCUACGCCAGAAAGCACGGACAACUGCACGCUGCGAUCCAGUACCUCGAGAAGACGCUCGCGCUCGAGUCGUCGGCGGGGGCGACGGCCGAGAACCCUGCGGGGACGCACCUCAAUAUCUGCGCCAUCUUGUCGGCCAUGGGCCGGCAUCUCCGUGCGGCCGACCACGCGCGCUGUGCGGUCGAGCUUCUCUCGCAUGAACGCGGCGCAAGGGACGGAGUGGAAGGCAAGACAGCGUCCGAUAGCCUCCUCGCGAUCGCGUACUUUAACUAUGGCGCCGAGCUCGAGCACCAGAACAAGUACGACCUUGCCGCCACCGCAUAUGCCAACGGGUACGAAGUAGCGCGGGCCGAGCUCGAUCCGAACCAUGCGAUGACGCAAGCACUUUUGCAAGCUCGAACUGACGCUCAAGACAAGGUGGCGACUCGGAAAGGGUAUGGGUCCAGUGCGGCUAUGGUGGUGAGCCCCCGGCGCAAGUAGUGGCUCCACACCGUACCAAAACGGUAAAACAACGAGGAAGAUCGGACUAAAGAAAAAGUUCUGAAGAAAAAUAAGAUGUUUUCUGCGC